AUGAACCUCCCCACCCUGCUCACAAUCCUCACCCUCUUCCUCUUCCUCACCCAAACACUCGCAGCAACUUGCGACCAAGCAAUCUGCGACACAAGAUGCAACAAAGCAGUAUGUCCCUUUUCCCCAUUCCCUUUCCCAUUCCUUUUCCCUUUCCUCUCCCCCCAGCCCAACCCAACCCAACCCAACACACCUACAUCCCAAAAAACCCCAACUAACACCAAAAACAGGGCGUCCUCCUCUCAUAUUGCAACAAAUCCAACCUGGCAAACUGUAUCUGCAAUCGCCCAGGCGACCCGGGGUACGGGUUAGGACCGCAGCCGAGGCCGACUGCGACGGCGAGGGCUAGGGCGAGUUCUUCUGGGAAGCCGAGAGGGACGCCGACACCAACGCCGACGCCGGGGCCAGGGGGGAGAUAG